AGGGUUGUCUUAAAUAUGAUAGGGAGGUACAGCCAUCCGACAUAGGAAGUUAUUUACACAGCCACAUGCUCAAUUGAUGUAAACACAUGCAUUUAUACCUCCCUAUUAUCUCGAGGAACAUAAGAAGGAUUGACUCGGCUACCCAUCGCUAGAGUCUAAGGGAGUCUCCAAGCCGGAUACCAACCAUUUUCCAGCCCAACUAUCACACCUUCUGUCAAUUCAACAGCUUUCCUCACUGACCUUGACUGUGCAUACAUACACUCUUAAUUUGAGAAUGGUUCGCUCAAUUCUAAUCGCGGCUCUAGCAGCUACCUCUGCUGCUAUCUCAGUCGGACGUCGAGAUGCACCCAAGGAACAACUUUUCACGAUCCAGCUAGAACCAGGCGUCACUCGAACCGUAACUGAACAGGAGAAAUGGGCUCUGAAGGACGAGGGCAAGACGUUUAUAGACAUUACUAACCACCCUAACUUCGCGACCCCGGCAACAGCAGCCAAGAGCGCCGUCAAGGUCGCAGCUGUGGCGUACCCAUCAUCCAUGACCCAAACGGAAACCGUCGACGGCCUCAUCGCAAAGUUGAACAAGACAUCGGUUGAAGACAGACUGACAACCUUUUCCAACUUCUUUAACCGAUACUACGAUUCCGAGCUUGGCAAGAACUCUUCCGAGUGGCUCCUCAAACAAGUCACGGAUGUUGCUUCAGCAAGCGGGGCGACGAACGUGACAGUCAAGCCCUUUGCUCAUGACUGGCCCCAGAACAGCAUUAUCGCUACGAUUCCCGGAAAGUCUACUGACAAGAUUGUCGUUGGUGCACACCAAGACUCAAUCAAUGGCCGAAACCACAGCGCACGAGCUCCCGGUGCUGAUGAUGACGGAUCUGGUAGCAUCGGCAACCUAGAAGCCUUUAAAGUCCUCCUAAGCGACCCCAAGAUCCAGGCUGGCGAAGCUACCAACACGAUCGAGUUCCACUGGUAUGCAGCUGAGGAGGCGGGUCUAUACGGCAGCUCUGAUAUCUUCGACAAGUACAAUUCCACCGGGGAGGUUGUCAAGGCUAUGCUUGAACAGGACAUGACAGGCUACGGAAAUAACCCGAUGGGUGUCAUCACCGAUUACGUCGACCAAGACCUUACGGCCUUCAUCCGCAAAGUCAUUGACCAGUACGCCACAAUCGGCUACGUAGACACCAAAUGCGGUUACGCCUGUUCCGACCACGCUUCCGCCUCCGCCGCUGGCUACCCCUCGGCCUUCGUCAUUGAGGCAGCGAUGGACCUCACAAGUCAGUACAUCCACACCGCGGACGACACCCUCGACCGCGUCAACUUCGACCACGUGAUUGAGCACUCCAAGCUCGUCGUGGGCUUCGCGUACGAACUUGCUUUCGCGUCUUUGUAGAAUGGGGGAGACUUGGAGCUUUGGGUCUUGGUACUACGUGAGCAUUAGAGGGAAUCCUUUCCCGCAGUCUUACCUAGGCACGUAAUCAAUAAAUACAAUGAUAUACUUCUAUCACAGA